AAGAUAUAUCAUACAUUUUGACAAACAAAUGCAAUAUUUAUUUGUUUAUACAAAGCCAAGAUAACAUUUAAAACAUUUCAUGUUUUAAAUGUUAUCUGACUUAUGGCCAUUACUGUAUUUCGUCAGCUUUAUCAAAUGUGCAAACCCAGUUUGUGGUAAAGGAAAGAGUUAUCACUUCAAACCCUUUUUACAUACUAGGUUUUACCAAGGUCAGAGAAAAAAACUUUUUAAGGAGAUAAGGAGUUGGUUAAUUUUGCAAUUAUUAUUGCUAUUAAUAUUUUAAUCCAUACAGCAGUGGGGUCUGUGAGACCCCAAACAAUGAGGAAGUAAAUGGCAGAUUGAUUUAAAGACUGUUUUGUGACAUGGUACAUCAAGAGAGAUCACCAAACCUCUUAUUUUCAGACUUUCAACAGCAUUGCCUAGAAUUUUGACUUCUAUUGACCACCAGUUUUUUUUUUAUAACUUAAAAAACACUAUUGUUAGAAGACAUAUUUUGACAUUAUCAUAUUGGUGUCAUAUCAUGGUGGUAAAUAUGCUGCAAAUAUCACUCACUUACCUACACUUCAGCAACUUCCUCAUUUUCAAAAUAAUUCAUACAAGCUCUGAAAAUGCAACCUCACUUCGAAGGAACUUGACUUCAACGUGACAUCUUUCAUCUAACUGCAAAACAGACCUGAUGAAAACAUGGCUGGAGCUCUGAAUUUCCUUCUCGUUGCCUGUCUGCUGCAAGGUGCCCUGUGUGGAGAGUUUGAGGCAUUUAUUCCAAAGAACAUCGAGGUUCUGAGUGGAUCCUGUUUGACCAUCCCCUGCUCCUUUGACAUAGAGGACAAACAUGAAUCAAACUUGGAUAACACAUGUAAAGCAUUGUGGAAAAAUGAUCAAGGGACUGUUGUGUUUAACAGUAAUUUACAAUCAUCCACAAUAAAUGGAGAACUGAUAGGAGACUUGACAAAAAAGAACUGCACCACAACCCUGAACAACAUGAAACCUGAUUACAGCAAUUCAUAUUUCUUCAGAGUGGAAUGCAGCAAUAAACUGAAAUAUGAUUUUGCUAGGCAAACAUUGUAUAUUUCAGUCAACGCUGAUCCUCCCAGUCCGACUCUGACUCCGUCCACACUGAAGGUGAAGGAGGGAGACUCAGUGAGUUUGUCGUGCUCUGCUCCAGCUGCCUGUCUGUCUCAUCCUCCAAAUCUGACAUGGACCCCCGGCCUGGGUGGCAGUCAGGAGACACUGCAGGACAAUCAGGACCAAACUAAAGUCAAGAUCUCGAACGUUACCUUCACUGCUUCUCACCUCCAUCACAAGAAGGACAUCUCCUGUACUGCUGUCUACAGCAAACAAGAUGGCAGCACUGAGUCAUCUGUUAGUGCGAGUUUAACAGCUGAUAUUUCAUUUGCUCCCCGGAUCCUGCCCUCAUCUGAUUGCAGCAAAGCUGCAGCCCAGCUCAACUGUUCCUGUGACACUUUGGGAAACCCUUCUCCCACUUUACAGUGGUAUUUGGAUGGGUUACCCGUCAAUGACUCAGACAGGUUUGUCAUCAGCUACGAGCCUCUGAAUGACACAGGUCUGAGGAGCAUCAUCACUGUGAAUCAACCACAGGACAGGGAUCUUGCCACCAUGCUCUGCCACAGCUCCAACUCUCUGGGUUCUGCUGCUCAGCGGUUUUAUGUCUACAGCCUUGAGCCUCAAACAUCUGCGGAAAGUCAAGAAUGUUCAGGUCGAGUUCCGUGGCCAUUCUUCAUCGUCACAGUUGGUGUUCUAACAGCUGCACUAAUACUAUGUGCUCUACUGUUUGCUAUCAGGGCUCAGAGGACUGGCUGCCAUAACCCAUCAAAGAGUCCGUGCUCAGGUGACACCAGCACAGCUGUGAUGAGUCGAGGCUUUAGUGAAACGGAAAAUAAGGUAUCUACCACAGCAGAGGAGGAUAUCUAUGUCAACACCAACAUGAUGAGAAUGUCAAAUGUGCCAUUUACUCAUCGAGGAGAUCAACAGGUUGCCAGUACAAGCUCAGAGAAGAAGAAUGAAGAAGGCAGUGAUGUGAUUUACUCCAGUGUGAUUUGGAAGAGCAAGAAGAAGAAGAAGAUGGGAGAAGGCUCUGGGGGCAGGAACCCAUCUGGUAGAUCCUACCUGGAGGAGGAGAGGUACAAAGAGGGAGGCACAUGCAGAAAUUAUGUGAGCGAUGCACUGGAGAUGGGGAGUCAGUAUGACAGGGUUGGGACUGGAAAAGAUGCAGAGAAGACGGUGUAUAGUGAAUAUGCCCAGGUUCAUUUUAGAGAUGCCUAAUAUGUUUAAUUUCUAAGAUACUUGUUGUGGUGGUGGUGGUGGUGGUGUUGGUAAUGAUUAUGCAUUGGAUUACAUUAUAUCAUCGUGUUUUGUCCCUCACAUGUAAAUACAUGAAGAGGUCAUAUAUGUAAACACUGCCAACAAUUAGCAUCUCUCUGACUAUCCCAGAAAAACAACAAAUAUAAGGACUGCAAUCAAUUUGAAUAAUAUAGUAAAUCAUCAGUGUCAAUGUUUUCCCCCUAUAUAUAACAAUGACACUUAUGACAGUCCUAUUCUUCCUUUCAGUUUGUAUUAACAUGUUCUCAUUAGACAUUAUGACAAGGCCUUGGAACACGACAGGACUGAAUUUCCGAAUUGAUGCGAUGAAUGUGCUAUUUUAACAGCUGUUUUUACUGCAGCAUAAAUGUAUAAUUUGUUACGUGUAGAAAAAAAGGAAAAUCCAAGGCACUUCAAAAUGAUUUAAAAUGCCUUUAUUUUACUGGCUAUUUCAUAAUAGAAAAUUUAAAAGACAUAGGGAGAAGCAACCCACGCGUUGCGGCACAGACAGCCUUCUUCAGGGUGUGAAGAAUUUGUUACAUUGGCUAUUCGCUCUUAUUGGCUAUUUCUGUUAAGAUGAUCACGCAUGUGUAGCCUAUUAUAACAUCUUUCCAAUACAGUUUUCAUAACCAGUAAAUAAAUGUUUCAGAUUUAAGAUUAUAUUGCAUUUUUAACAAAUGUGUAACUCUUAGUGGGAAUAAAAUCCAAGUAGCUUUAACUCAUAUAAUUCCUUUUAGGCAUCCCAUGCCUGGGACAUGUACAUUAGUUCUAAGUUAUCAUUUCUAAGGGUUUAUGAUUAGUAAGGCUUGUGUUUAGUUGUGUGAGUCUAUUAAGCUUUUCAGUGUUUUAAUAUUUUUAUAUUAGCCCUAUU